ACAGUAGCCUGUGGUAAAACCUGUUGAUGAACAACAUCAGGCCGUCAGGGCCAAUAAGUGGGCAGAGAAACGGCUGCCCGAUCUUUACACUCCUUAUGCAGACAGAGGUAGACGUGGCGGUUUCAUCGCACUGAGAGGGAACCGAUUGCCUCCGACAUCUAUAAAAGGGAAGCGUCGUUUGUGAGUGCGUACUACAAAAGGGCGGGAGAAACGGUCAGCAGACAGAACCGAACGCCACAGUCAGAGGCAACAUGCCCCGUCCAGCGGUCAGACCUCGCACGGCCGCAAAGUACCAGACCAGCUGGAAGAACAGCGGCGGGAACAGCAGUGCUCCGUGGAAGGAGUGGAGAUUCGGCAUCAAGCCAGGAGCUCGGGGCAAGAAGUACUAUACCGUACAAGAUGUUACUAUCGGCAACGUCACACUCAACAUGAAGGCAGUCUACAACGUGACACAAAAAGAUGCCUUGUUCUUCGCCACUGGACUGAGGCUGUGGCCAUCGGCAAGGAUACUGUCCAUGUACCUGGCUGCACACCCUGAGGUCCUGGCGUCAGCUGAGACGAUACUGGAGCUGGGGUCGGGGUCUGGUCUGGUGGGGAUCGCCGCGGCCAAGCUGUGCGGUCAGCCGGGGAAAGUCGUCAUGACGGACCACAACGAAAACGUGCUCGAACUGCUACAGGAAAACAUAGACAGUAACUUUGAGGAAGGAGAAGAACGCCCAACUUGUGAGUUCCUUGACUGGUGCAUGGGAGUGGAGAGGUUUAAGAAGCGCUACGGGACUUUUGAUGUCGUCCUCGGGGCAGACAUUGUCUACUCCGAAAGAACCAUCAUGCCCAUGCUCAGCACAGCCAGAACUCUUCUUGCCGAAAAGCCAUCGUCAGUAUUCCUGCUGGUGUACGUGGGGAGGCUGAAGGUCUAUGACGAGAUGUUCCGGGAGUGUUCGGCCGAAUGCCAGCUGCACUGUACCGAAGUGAAGCUCGACAGCAUCCCGGGGGCUGCCGACAUACAGGACGACAGCGCCAUGCUCCACAAGAUCAGGGUCAUAGUUCUCAGACACAAGGCGUUCCUGGACAGAAGUCUCGACCUCCUUGUUGCGGAGACGCUCGAACGAGUUCGAACUGUUGAGGUUGAGGAUACGGCCGACAGCAAGGGCGCAGAAAUCAAGAAUCCCGUUCCCAGUGAUGUCGACGUCGUGGUCGAUGAAUCCACGGAAUAUGACAGGUUUCCUAUCUCUGAUCACAGCAGUACGCCACAGUGCUCUGGGUCAAAAGACCCUUCCGCAACACCAAGCAAUGAAAAUGACGGACAUACACCUGUUAUCGACGAAACGGAAAACCCGUCUGAUUGCAACGUAAUCGUGCCACUUAAACACAUUGCAAUUGAAGCGUUAGUCGAUGCAGCUGAAGACAGGUUACCAGUCGAGUCAAACUGUAAUGUCAUGGAAGACAACGGAGAGGUGGCACACAACUUUGGCACUGACAUUGUUGGAGGGAACUCUCAAAACGAAAGCAGCGCGAAGAAAGACAAUGACUUGUCAGGUUUGCCAGGGACGGAUGAAGGUGGAGAAGCACCGACAAUGACAGCACCAGCCGGCUGUCACAGCAGUACACACCCCGGUACAGACAUCCCGAAAGACGACAGAGAAUUGAAGAGCCAGGGGAAAGAGCGCAUUUCCGUUAUCCCCACCGUGAUGGCUGCGUCUGAAGCCGAGGAGAAACCGCCGAUUGUGAACGGUGCCCUGACAGCUGAACUGCCGUCCAUUCAGGUGACAUCUACGGAAGAUGUAGUUGAUUUAAUGUCUGAUGAUGUAGAAACAGAGAAAAAUGUUGUAGAGAGCAGCGAUAGGGUCAAUGUAGAUGACUUAACGUCAAAGUCAGAUGAACCUUAUGAAGCUAAUAUGGUUGUAGGUAGUGAGUUAAAGGUUUCACCAGACUUAGCAUCUAAUAUUGAUGAUACGAUAGACGCAGUGAUGGUAGCAGACAGGUUAGAUGAUGUACCAAACGAGGCUGGACUAGAUGUUGACAUUUGCACCAAUCAGCUGCCUGUUAGUGUCACAGAAACACUACACUGUGAUGCACGGGAUAGGACUGACACCAAAUUUAACCAAGAAGUAGAGUCUACCUCUAUGACCAAGUCAGAAAACGGCAGGCAAUCUGACGAUAUGACCAUGUCGACAAUUCAACCUCUUGACGAAGAGGUGUCUGGUAUUGAGACUGAAGCCUCGUUGUUUGAGUCGAGUGAAUCAUUAGAAAGCACACAGGGCGGUGACAGAAAACUGAAAUCUUUUGACGAAACCUCUUUGCUGGAAAAUAUGGGCAGCAUGCAACCAUGCUCAGUUUCAGGGGGCGAUGAUGAAAUAAUAUAUCAUGUAGGUGAUGGUGAAAAUGAAACACGUUUUGAUACAGACGAUAAAGAGCCGGAUAAUGACAUUGCAGAAGAACUCCAGACAUCGCCAGAUAAUGACGAUGAUCAAGAUGAAACGUCAACUAUAGAAGGAAAUGAGAGACAAAAUUCUAGUGCAGAAGUAGAUUCAUUAUCAUAUGAUUCUCAAGAAGGGUCAUUUGAAUGGGAUUCGGUGGCAUUUAAUUUCACUGAUGAAGAUAUUGAUGAUGUGAUCGAUGAACUAGUAGAUAGUAGGAGGGAUGGAACAAAAACUAUAUUCAGUGACAAAGGAGAAGAACUAGACGACAUAACUACUCACGAGGGAAAUUCAAAGAUAGAACGAAGUCAAAAGCUUCAGACAAAUACAAUAUAUGGAGAGUUCAGUGCCAGCGAUCCACACAUGUCCCUGUACUCUACCAUGUUGCAUCUUGUUCUGAUCCCCGCGUUUGUAUCCGUGGUCAUGUUUCUUGUCGCUCUUUCUGCCUCCGUUUGGCUCCAGAUUUUCUUUAAGACCUGAAUAAGAAAUAGCAAAAAAGAAAAUAGGCAACGAGAAACAGAAGAGAUCCAGCGCGGGGCACAUGAAGCGACAAAACACCGUGAAGAGUUGGGUUGGGUUAUCAGAAGAUUUCAGGCUUUCUAUGGUCGCCAAGUGAAGUAAAUCACCGCUGAUGCGCCCAAAACUUUACCUUCAACUCAAAACGUUUUGUGCUUUUUUGAAUUUAGAAUCCUAAGACUUGGAUUUUGAUGUGACAUUUACCAACGUUUGUCAGAUUCGAUCAGUAACAUCAUAGUUAGUUACUGUGACGUCAGUUACCCUGGCUAGCUCCGUCGUUAGUACAUGGUUGGGGAUCACGUGUUCUUCGUAUAGGACCUCAGGAGACUGAGAAAAUUGUGGUUCACACUUCGAUAAAGACGAACUUGAAACCAAGAUCAAAGCUUCGAUGAAUAAUUAAAACACAGGCUAUCGUGACACUGUUCGAUUUCAGUAGCUAUGAGAUCAGAAUAGAAAAUAGCAGGAUAGACCAACGUGUUAAACCUUCUUGUACCUGAUUAUCUAAACAGGUAUACUUAGUAGAUAUAAGGGAAGUUGGGAAGUUUUCACGUUUUUAAAGGGCUAUAUUAAUGCAUGAAGGAUCGGUGGAAAAAAGUUGCUGUUUUUGGAAGAAUUUAGUUUAGAUGUUGUGUGUAUAGAUCAGUUUCAUGAUUCCCUCAGCUGCUCUGCAUAGAUAUGUUUCUUGUUAUGGCAUAGAUGCGCAUGCUGAUGUGUCGUAGUUGAUAGACCAUCGCCAUUUUGUAACAAUGUACAUAUAGCCGAAGUGCGCCCAGAUGUUUGUAUGGGCAUAAUCACCAAACCUUUCAUUGUAACGUCUUUGUUGUGUUCGAUGGUAAAUACAUCAAAAGCAGUGGUUACGGAAAAUCAAAAGCAUGAAAUUUUGAAGUAAC